AUGACACGCAUGCUGAUGAACCUUGCCAACGGAAAGGUAGCGGUGUGUCUUGAGGGAGGGUAUAACUUCCGAUCGAUCUCCAAGUCAGCACUAGCGGUUACGCGGACAUUGAUGGGCGAGCCGCCGGAUCGGCUGAUUGCGCCGUCAGCGUCGCGGCCGGCCGUUGAGACGGUGAGAGAGGUGGCGAUGAUGCAUUCACGGUAUUGGAAGUGCAUGUAUCCGAAGGGCCCGUCGUCGAACUUUGCCGGCAACCGUGUACAUGAUAUCAUCCGGCAGUACCAGGCGAAACAGCUGUAUGAGGAGCACAAGCUGACGAGCCUGUACAUCUACCGGGACACGAUCUCGAAGUCGUUUGAGAACCAGGUGCUGGCGAGCCAGAACUACGACAAGGUGGACACUCUGCUUGUUAUCUUCCACGACCCGCCCGAGCUGAUGGGCAUCCCGCACCCGGUGACCAACGUGCUCGAAGCCCACAACACCUGGCUGGCUGAUAAUGUCAAGGAUUACAUCUCCUGGGCGGUCGAGCAUAACGUGGGCGUUAUCGACGUCAACAUCCCGAAGCACAUCUCAGAAGCCGACCAAAAUUCACGAAGCUACGAGCGGGAGAGCCCGAACCGGGCCCUUUACUCCGAGCAGCUUGCCGAGUACCUGUGGGAGAACUACAUCGAGACCAACGACACCAGCCGCAUCUUCUUCAUGGGGGUGGGCGAUGCCUUUCUCGGACUGGCCAACCUUCUCAUCAACAAAGAGCGAGUCCACACAAUGGUCAGUGGCGUGAUAUGCUUUGUGGCCGAGAACCCCGUCCGCGCCGUCGCCAGCACCACCAUCACCUGGCUCUCCAAGUGGUACAAAGAGAACUCCCUGGUCUUUGUGUCCCACCGGCACAUGGUGUGGGAGGGCCAGGAGAACAAGCAGAAGCAGUACAAGCGCUACGGGCGGCUGGUGAAGUCGACGGCGGCGCACACGCUGAACGAGAUGCUGGUCAACCACCGCGCGGAUGUGUUCAAGUGGAUCGAGGAGCGAGUCGAGGCCGGGUCGGAGAGCAGUUCAUAG